GAACUAAAAGAGAGGAGGCAGGAAGUAGAAGAGAAAGAUAACCUACUAGAGGAGAGAGAGAAGCAGUUAAAGGAAAGAGACAAACAGGUGGAGGAUGUCAACAAUGAAAAUGCUGAACUGGCUCAACAGAUAUGUGAUGUGAAGACUGAGGUAGAGAGACUGAGAAGAGAGAUCUCAGCCCAGAUGACUGAACAUGGAGAGACGUCAGAUACAGGUUCCAUACUCCCAGUCAGGAGGAGAGACAGCAAGGAGCUUCCUCCAUACAUGGGAGGAGAGACCUCAGAUACAGACCCCACACUUCCACUGAGGAGGAGAAACAGCAUGGAGUUACAUCCUCCAGAUAUGGGAGGAGAGAGCAGCAGUCCAGACUCCCCAGUGUCUCCCAGUGUGUCUGAGCUGAGACUGGUGCUGCUGGGGAGGACUGGGGCUGGGAGGAGUGCAGUAGGAAACACCAUCCUGGGCAGAGAGGAGUUUGGGGCCCAGGCCAGCCUCUCUGUAGUGACCCAGAGGAGUAAGAGGAGAGAGGGGGACGUGUGUGGGAGGCGGCUGGUGCUGGUGGACACUCCAGACUGGUUCUGUCCUGGACUCUCUCUGGAGGAGAUGAGACAAGAUGUGGGGCUCUGUGUCCAUCUGUCUGCCCCGGGACCCCACGCCUUCCUCCUGGUCAUACCAGUGGAGCCCUCUAAGGGGGAGGACAGAGGGGAGCUGGAGAGAAUAGAGGAGAUGUUUGGGGAGGGUUUUUGGGGACACACUGUGAUUCUAUUCACCCAUGAUGAUGGCCUGAAAGAGCAGAGCAUUGAGGAGUUUCUCCAAGCAGGAAGUCAGGACCUCCAGCAGCUUGUAGAGAAAAGUGGGAGCAGGUACCACGUCCUCAACAUUAAGGACAGGGCCCAUGGCACUCAGGUAUCAGAGCUGCUGGAUCAGGUAGAGGAGAUGGUGGCAGGAAACAGAGAGAGAUUCUACAGCAGUCAGACCUACCAGGAGGCGGAGGACCAGGUUAGAGAGAUGGAGGGAAAGAUCCAGAGAGAGAGAGGAGAGAGGAAACAGAGGGAGGAGAGAGACUUGAGAGAGAGACUUGAGAAGGAGUUGCAGGACUCUCUGAUAAAGAUAGAGGGAGUGAUCCAGGAACAUGAGGGAGAUAUCAGAACACUCAGUGAAAGAACCAGUGAACUGGAGAGACAGGUGAAAGAAGAGAGGGAUGAGGAGAAGAAAAGAGAGCUGGAGAGGGAGCUGAAGAGGGAGUCUGAUAGGAGGAAGGAGAUGGAGAGAAAGCUGGAGAGAUUUAGAGAGAAGAGGGAGAAUGAGAGGAGGGUGAUGGAGGAGAGACACAGACAGGAGAUAGAGGAGAUGAUGGAGAACUAUGAAGGAGAGGCCAGAGUUGAAGCAGAGAGAAACCUGAUGAUUGUCCUUUAUUUUUUUUUAAUUUUUUUUUAACCUUUAUUUAACUAGGGAAUUCAGUUAAGAACAAAUACUUAUUUUCAGUGACGGCCUAGGAACAG